GCCUGUCUUGGGGCUCUGGGGCUGUGGGCCGCCUCCGUGCAGUGGUCUCCCCACCGCCAGGCUCUGCAGGGCAGGGAAGCCCAGUGGGGCACAGGGAGCCAGGAGGCUGGGGUGCAGGGUCCACAGAGAGACCGGGUGAGGCCAGCAGCCUUCCCAGCCCGAGGAGCGUCUCUGCAGGGGGAGUAAGAGCUGCGCUUCCACCCUCCCAGGGGACGGGCGGGGGCACUCUGGGCUUUUCCCAUCCCUCACACAGGGACACAGCCCUGGUGGGCCUGUGACUGAAACUGGCCAGACCGCAUUCUGGCGGUUUGAUUCAGAAGGGAAGUUUACCCUGUUCAGCAGAAGUUGAGAUGGGAACAGGAAACCCACAGGGCCCCUUUAUUCGGCAAAAAUGUCAAUCAGCGCCAUGGGGAGCAGCCAGGGGUCCCUGAGUGUCCGAGGUCGCAGCAAUGGCGCUGAGUUCCUCUGCUGGAGUUCGUCUUGCUAGCUGGGUUCCUGGGCUGCCAGUCUGAGCCUGAGGCAUGGAGCCUCCUGGAGGUUGGGAGUCUCCUCCCCGGAGAUCUGCCCCCAAAGCCGACAUCUUGACGCUGGUGCUGUAUCUCACCUUCCUGGGAUCCCCCUGCUACGCCCCAGCUCUGCCCUCCUGCAAAGAGGACGAGUACCCAGUGGGCUCCGAGUGCUGUCCCAAGUGCGGUCCAGGUUUCCACGUGAGGCAGGCCUGCGGGGAGCAGACGGGCACGGUGUGUGAACCUUGCUCUCCGGGGACCUACAUUGCUCACUUCAAUGGCCUGAGCAAGUGUCUGCAGUGCCAAAUGUGUGACCCAGCCAUGGGCCUGCGCACAAGCCGGAACUGCUCCACGACAGCGAACGCCCUGUGUGGCUGCAGCCCAGGCCACUUCUGCAUCAUCCAGGAUGGGGACCACUGCGCUGCGUGCCGCGCUUACGCCACCUCCAGCCCGGGCCAGAGGGUACAGAAGGGAGGCACUGAGAGUCAGGACACCCUGUGUCAGAACUGCCCCCCGGGGACCUUCUCUUCCAAUGGGACCCUGGACAAAUGCCAGCACGGGACCAAGUGCAGCAAAUGGCUGGUGACGGAGGCCGGACCUGGGACCAGCAGUUCCCGCUGGGUGUGGUGGCUUCUCUCAGGGAGCUUCAUCGUCAUUGUCGUUGGCCUAAUACUUGGCCUAAUCGUAUGUGUGAAAAGAAGAAAGUCAAGGGGCGAUGUAGUCAAGGUGAUCGUCUCCGUCCAGCGGAAAAGACAGGAGGCAGAAGGUGAAGCCAUAGUCACUGAGGCCCUGCAGGCCCCUCCGGACAUCACCACGGUGGCCGUGGAGGAGACAGAACCUGCAUUCACUGGGAGGAGCUGAAACCGCUGACCUACAGACUCUGUACCCCGACACCAGAGAUACCCGGAGCGACGGCUGCUGAAAGAGGCUGUCCACCUGGUGGAACCACAGGAGCCGGGAGGCCUGGGGGCUCCCCCCUGGGCUGGCUUCCAUCUCCUCCAGUGGAGGGAGAGGUGGAGCCCCUGCUGGGGUGGGGCUGGAGACACCCCGUGCCAUUCCCAUGGGCCAGCGAGGGCCUGGGGCCUCCCUUCUGCUGCAGCUUGAGCCCCCCAGAGCCUUGAGGAAGAGCGCCAGUUGCCUCGCGCUCAGGGACCACACCCCCAGCCCCCCUGGCCAGCCCAGAGGGCCCGCCAGACCCCAGCUGUCUGCCUGUCUGAAUAUUGCGGUCUUAGCAGGACAGGCCCCGGGCACUGCCUCACGGCCAAGGCUGGACUGGGUUGGCCACAAUGUGGCAUUGAAUGUAUAUCACAUUUAAAGUAAUUUUCUAAAUUGGAUUUGAAUUUGGCUCCUGUUUUCUAUUUGUUGUGAAACAGUGUAUUUGGGGAGAUGCUGUGGGAAGAUGUAAAUAUCUUGUUUCUCCUCAAA